AUGCUCAAGGAGUUCAAGAGAAAUGGUGACAAGUGCAUCAUCUUUACUCAGUUCAGCAAGAUGCUGGAUGUUCUCGAAACUUUCGUCUGCCACCACAGCUUCACGUAUGUUCGAAUGGACUCGAGCGUCAAGGUGGACCGACGGCAGGAGUUGGUUGAUCGGUUCAAUGAUGACGAGCGGAUUUUCUUGUUCAUCUGCUCGACCCGUGCUGGAGGUGUGGGCAUCAACCUGACGAGUGCAAACACUGUCAUUUUCUACGAUUCCGACUGGAAUCCAGCAAUGGACAGACAGGCCACGGAUCGAGCACACCGCAUUGGCCAGACUCGGGAGGUCCACAUCUAUCGCCUAGUCAGUGAACAUACGAUUGAGGAGAACAUAUGGCGGAGGCAACUGCAGAAGCGGGAGCUUGAUGACAUGGUUGUGGACCAGGGCCGCUUUACGACGGACGAACUCGAAAGCCUCCAUCAAGGUGGCUCUGCGCAAGAGGCUUGUACCGACGAAGUUGCAUCGCGCCCCAGAGCCACCGGGGUCACCUGGACCGCCCAAGAGGUGCGUGCCAUGCUGCAAGACGGCCAGAAACCUGAAGUGCAUCAUGCAGAUGCUGCAGCUUCCGAUGCUGUGCUGCCAAGCGAUGUCGAUACCCCCACUGACGCAUGCAACGGCACUGUCUUAGCCAUUUCAGGCACUGCGGUGGAGCAGCCGACGAGCAUAUCCGAAUUCGAGCACAUUCUGCAGAAAGUCGAGGAUGCUGAAGAUGCUCAGAUGGCAGCGACUGCGUCGUUGGAAUUGCAGCAGACCGAAUGCUUGCUGAAGGGAGAUUUUCAAUCCCAGCAACCUGUGGCUGAGAAAGCUGAGAAACUGGACUGGCUUAGUUUGCCACGUCUGGUCCGCUGGGGAGUCCAUCGAGUUCGUGUGCUUGAGGUGGACGAGGUGUUGGCGCGCCAGCGGCCCCGAACUGCUCGAAAAAGGCGUGCGCCAUUAGUAGCUUGA